AUGAACGUCCUCCGGCGCCAGUCUCCGCCCGGCUCAUCGGGAUCAGACAGCGACAUUCGUUGCGACAUAGACGUCGUCAGCAAGGGCGUCGACGCACCAUGCACCGCAGCGGUGCCGCUCGCACCUGCCACACGGGCGCACAAGGCACCGUCCGCCCGCCGUGGCCGGGCCCCCGGCUUCGCCCCCAGCCCUGAGGAACUGGAGCAGCUGAUCACUGCCGUGGAUGCCGCGCUGCCGGGCGGCCGCGAGCAGGUGCAUCGCCAGCUCGUCAGCGGCGGGGAAGAGGGCGUCACGCAGACGCAGCUGCGCAGGUGGCUGCGUGCCCGCGGCUGGGACCCAGCCAAGGCGGGGCGCGACCUGGCAGCACACGCGGCGUGGCGCGCGGAGUUCGUCCCCGGCGGCCGCAUUCAGGAGGCUGAGGUGGCGAACGAGAUUGCGCAGGGCAAGGUUUUCCUGCAGGGCCCCGACCGCAACGGCCGCGGCAUCUCCAUCUUCAUCGGCGGCAAGCACUUCCCACGGGUCGACGCCCGGGAGUGCCACCGCUUCAUAUACUACGCCAUCGACGCCACCAUCGCCCUGGCGGACCCGGCCCGCAACCCUGCGGGCAGGACCACCGGCGUGCUGUGCAUGAAGGACUUUGGCUGGCGCAACCUGGACGUGAUGGGCGGCAUCAACAUCGCGCGCGCAGUGCACCUGCACUACGUGGAGCGCCUUGACGCGCUCUACAUCCAUGGCACCAGCGCCGCCUUCCAGCGCUGCUACAAGCUGGUGGAGCCCUUCAUCGACCCCGUGACCCGCAGCAAGAUUGUGCUGCUGCCCGCUGACGAGGCGGCCGCCAGGGAGAUCCUGGACAAGGGGCUGGGGCUGGAGAACCUGCCACCGUUCCUGGGUGGCACCGCAGAGCUGCGCCCCAUAGACGACGCGUGGGCCGUCAUCCUUGCGCAGCGGGCGCAGCAGGCGCAGCAGGAGGGCCAGCCCAAUGGCGCGGGGGAGGGCGUCCGUGCGAAUAUGGGAGAGAGGGACGCGGGCAGUGACGAAGAGUUUUUUGAGGCUUAG